AUGACAAAGUUCCACAAACAGGCAGAUAUGUGGACAGAUGUGACACACGGCAACUUUACCCUGUUGGCGCAAAAGCUGCUGACACCCAACAUCCAAAUCAAUGCACCCGUAUUCUUCGAAAACGGAGCCAAGCUGGCGAAGUCUUCAGGCAAGCAUGCGACUCCCACCAAGGGCAUUGACUUCAGCUUGAAAGGAUUCAAGUUUGAGCCUUGCGCCUUUUUGGUGAAUCCAACUGGCGUGGCGGUCGGCGCGACUGGCAUCAACAUUGCCCCUCAAGGCAUCUCAGUGGCGCCAACGGGCGUCAACGUCAACCCUUUCGGCCUUUCUAUUUCACCCUCUCUCAUCGUCAUUGCACCUUUUGACACCACCAUUGCUGGCCAGGGGCUCAAUAUAGCGCCUGCGCUCAUCGCGAUCGCGCCAGUGAAGACCGUGAUAAACCCGGUGGGGCCGCUCAACAUUGGCGGCUCUGUCGUCUCAAAGGAGCUGCCGGCACUGCCAUGA